ACCGCCCAAGACCAAGUUCCUCCCGCUAACGGGGCUCGCCAGGAACUGCUGCCUUUGCGAAUGACAACGGCUCCCAGAGCCCGGGAGGGUGGUGGAAGCAGCUAAAAUCCCACUAAUGGUUUUCUUUAGUUUCUUGGCAAACUCCCCUUCAUUCAAGCUGCCGGCGCUCUGGAGCCAGGUCUAAUUAGAAGGGUACCAGGCUCACCCUUCUCGCGGUGAAAACGCAUUAGUCAUAGAUGAAGCAGUACGAAGGGUGCCGGGGGUGCAGCGAAGACCCGAGGCUGGAGAGCCUCGGAUGCGGGAAGGCAAGCUAGAGCGGAGCGCGUGCGGGAGAGGAGGAUACAGAGACCCUGGGACGGGACGCGGAGUCGAGCUGACUCGCGCCCCGGAAAGGCCGUUCCGCCCCGCGAGGGAAACAGAGCCGUUGACCAUGGUUGCAACGAGCAGUUUGAGCAGUAAGAACCCGGCUAGCAUUUCGGAGUUGCUGGACCGUGGCUUCCACCCGGGGAACCUACUAAAUGAUUUUGACUACUGGGAUUAUGUUGUUCCUGAACCCAACCUCAACGAGGUGAUAUUUGAGGAGACGACUUGCCAGAGCUUGGUUAAAAUGCUGGAGAACUGUCUGUCCAAAUCAAAGCACACCAAACUCGGUUGCUCGAAAGUCCUUGUUCCUGAGAAACUGACCCAGAGGAUUGCUCAAGACGUCCUGCGGCUCUCCUCCACGGAGCCCUGCGGCCUGCGGGGCUGCGUUAUGCACGUGAACUUGGAAAUUGAAAAUGUAUGUAAAAAGCUGGAUAGGAUUGUGUGCGAUUCUAGCGUGGUGCCCACCUUUGAGCUUACCCUGGUGUUUAAGCAGGAGAACUGCUCAUGGAUGAGCUUCAGGGAUUUUUUCUUUAGUCGAGGUCGCUUCUCUUCUGGCCUCAGGCGAACUCUGAUCCUGAGCUCAGGAUUCCGACUUGUUAAGAAAAAGCUUUACUCCUUGAUUGGUACAACAGUCAUUGAAGAGUGCUGAAAGGGAAGCACUGGAAAGGGUCCUUUUUCUGACUGGGUAAUAACACUUCGCAGCGCUCCAUUAAAGUCAUUGUAGUUUGCCCUGCCUGCUCUUGGUAGGAAACCCCAAACUGAGUUCAUCUUCUUUCUAUUUCAUAUUCACGGCCACCCCAACUCAAGGGCUUAUCUGGGGACUUUUGAAAAAUGACCUACAAGAGAAGUACAUUGUCUACAUUUAUCACAGUUUUUACAAAAUGGAAUGGAAUGGAAUAAGGAGAAAAAAAAGAAGCAAUCCACUUUAGUUUUUUAUUUGACUCCACAAGUUUUCCAGGUAGUCUUGCUACUAGACUGUAUAAACCCACUUUGCCUAGUCUGAUUUUCAUAUGGCUAUUUUUCUGUACGUUUUUAGAGUGAUUCUUUCAAUCACAGAAUCUUAACUGAAUGAUGCUUAGCCCAUCAAAACUUGCAAAAGCUCAUACCACCCAUUUCCUGCCCCUACUCACAUGUUCUUAUACAGGAGGAUAGGAUUAAGUAGGUGAGCUUAAUUCAAACUUAACCCCACACAAAUGUGAAUAAGGAACGUCACAGUAAGAACAGAGUUACGUACUUCUCUGUCUCUCUGCAUCUUCUCCACUCUUCUGUUUCAAAGAGGUGGCAAAAGCUUGAGCUACCAUUUCAGUAACCACAGUAUUGUUUUAAAUAACUUUAUGGUACAAUAUAAGCUCAGUUUUUCUAGUUCUUAAGUAUUGAAUUUUAUCUUUAAGCUAGAAAAAUGGAAAAUGCUGAUUUGUUUGCAUGAAGUUGAUUACUUUUCCAUUGAGUGAAUGGUGAAUGUGUAUAAGGACGGGAAGUGAGUUCCGGUUCCUUUCUCAUUCACUUGAUAAUCUAGCAUCUUUUUGCUUUUACAUAUGCUUGAUCUCAGAAGAACCAUCUCAUCCUGUCAGUGUUAUCUCAUCCUUGGCCUCUCCUGAAAACUAAAGGAACUCGCCUUAACCUGAAUCUUCAAAGGAGAUAGCUGCACACUACCACUUUUAAUUAUUAAGAUGGGUCUAUUUACAAAGUGUCCUUUGACCAUGGGUAUCUGGUUUAUAGUACAGACUAGAGAAUGAAAGUCAUGAUCUAGAUAACCAGUGCACACACCCAGCUUUCUUCAUCCUUGGAUACCUGUCCCUAGGGAAAAAUAAAGGCCUUAUUUUUCUCUUGUUCCAACUAGCUAGAUCUUUUUCUUUUUAUGUUAAUGAGAGAACAUAACCUACACAUUAUCAUGUUCAUCCAGGAAGACCGUCACAUCCUUGCUGUAGGUCAUGGAUAAGGAGCUUAUUCAGGUCUCCUUAGCACCACCUUACAUACCUGAGGCCAGGGUUGUAGGGACCAUGGCUUCAUCCUGGUGUAAUUCAAAAGCAGGUGUGAUCCUGUUCCCAUAAAUGACCUAAAACUUCACUAUUCAAAUCAGCAAGUGUUCUAACAAAUUGAACUCUUCAAAUGCUUGGAAAGAUACCACAAAGCCAAUCUUACAGGACUGGGCCAGGAUAAGUCGAGUUGUUUUGCAUGUCUAUUAUUGUCCAGGGCUCUGAAGGUCACUGUAAUUGUGUGGGCGAGGAGUCUCUGGCAUGGAUGUAGAACUGUUGUCCUUUUUCCACUAACAGUUGUCUUUGACCCUCUUGUCUUUUACACUCACAAAAUAGUGGUGACUUAUAGAGACUCUUAAGUUAAUAUUCCUGUUAAAGGAAAUUAAAGUUUGUCUAUUUUUGACAAUAAAGCAUCAUAUAUUUUUAA